GCCUUGAAAAAAUCUAUGGAUUACUCGGGCAUGAUCGGGAGAUGGGCAACGGUGCUACAGAGCAUGGGCUUUGACAUUCGUCAUCGGAAGCACGAGAGGCACGGGAAUGCUGACGGAUUGACACGACUGCCGACCCGAGAAGGUCCUCAAGAGCGAGGAGCCCAUCGCCAGCUGAUUGUCCAGGAACUUGUCGUCCCGCUCGCGCAAUUGGUCGAUGACCUCUCUCUCGAUAUUGUUUUGCAGAGUGACGAGAGUCCGGCUCCGCACGUCGUUACGCGAACAUUGGCACCGUAUCUUCAAUGGACUGCGUGCUUGGAGGAACCGGGGAGUGAAAGCGCCCUGCCAUCGCGGCAAGAGUACUUGAAGUCGGCCGGAAUCAUCAAUCUCACCUUCUCUCCGAAGCAAGAUACAUCCGAGGAGGCAGGAGAAGAAGAAGUCACUGAAGAAGAGGACGGCGCCGAAGAGGAAACGUCGGAGGAAGGGAGUUAUAGCGAGCAAAGCGAAGGGGAGCAGAGUGAAGAAGAAGAAGAAGAAGAAGAAGAAGAAGAAGAAGAAGAAGAAGAAGAAGAAGAAGACGAAGACGAAGAGGAGGAAGCCGUAUUAGAGUGGGAGGCCUUGCUGGAGGAAGCGGCGCCCACAAGCACGGAGGUGGAAGAUCUCGAGGCGGCACGAAAGAGGGAAGAGAUCGCCGCCGGAAAAAGCCAGCAGGAGUUCGCCAGCGAGGCGAACCUGCGCAUCAACGACGACCCGACCAAGGAUCCAGAGCCCCCCAAACCCAAAGAUGGCGACCCAACAGCCGCGGCUCCGAGCGCAUUGCCACGGAGACGAAGCCGAUCCCCCUCCCCCUCCACCUCCGCCCGUCCCCCAGUCCGUCCACGUACCGAUGCGGGGGAUCGGCCUUCGUCCCCGGUCAUUAUCUCGCCGUCCCCUUGAUUACCUCACCCUCUGUCAGAUCUCUACCCCCGUCACCUUCACUCG